CUUUUUGUACAGGCUUCUGAAACUGCCAGCUUGGAGGAGCAAUUGCAAGGAUGGGGAGAAGUGAUUUUGAUGACGGAUAAGGUUCUGCGCUGGGAGCGAGCCUGGUUUCCCCUGGCACUGAUGAGUGUUGUUUCCUUUUCUUUCCUGAUGAUCUACUACUUGGACCCAUCAGUUCUUUCAGGUGUCUCCUGUUUCGUUAUGUUCCUCUGUUUGGCUGAUUACCUUGUUCCUGCUCUUGCACCUCGGAUCUUCGGCUCUAAUAAAUGGACUACAGAACAGCAGCAGAGAUUUCAUGAGAUCUGCAGCAAUUUGGUGAAGUCUCGUCGCCGCAUUGUUGGCUGGUGGAAACGCCUCUUCACCCUGAAGGAGGAAAAGCCUAAAAUGUACUUCAUGACCAUGCUUUUUACUCUUGCCUUGGUUGCCUGGAUUGGACAGCAGGUUCACAAUCUCUUCCUGACUUACCUGAUUGUAAGUUUCUUGUUGCUGUUUCCUGGACUAAACCAGCAUGGGAUCAUCACAAAGUACAUUGGAAUGGCUAAAAGGGAGAUCAACAAACUUCUAAAGCACAAGGAAAAGAAAAAUGAAUGAAGACAUAAUGGCUGUUCACUUGAGUUAAAGGUUUCCUUGGGAACAGUUUUGAGAAUUAAUGUGUAAUUAAGACCUUAGAAGUUGUAUUGCUCACUGGCUUUUUUUUUUUUAUUGGCUCCCUGAUGAAGUGAGAGUGUCACUCUAGAAACUGCUGUGGGUUUGUCUGUUGCUGUGCUGAGUAGGGUUCUGCAGCUGAUCCUGAAUGAAACAUCCUCUCCUUUGCUGUACAGAGCUUGUUAAGUGUCUUCAUCAAACUAAGAGGCCCUGUGAAUAAAUACCCCAACAGCAGAGUUAUAAUGUGUGAUAGAAUUGUUGCUGUGCUAGUUUCACUGACCAUUAAUUGUGGCUACAGCAGGUGUGAAAGGCAGUUCUGGAGGCUUGUGCUUUUUGGAGGCUUGUUACUACUGAUCCUUGUGAAAGGGGAAUAAUUAGCUGAGUACGAAAGGCCAUGGCUGAGGUUCACACCCACAACUGGGGCAGAAAGUGGUUCCUUUGUCUCAGUGACUGUUUGCUUCUUUUGGCUGUGUGUACCAGAUUGUUGAAUGGGGGUCUGGAAUAUAUAAAUUAGUAGUUCAGUUAUGUAGCUGUAGUGUGAACUCAUUGCACUGAGGUUUUAGGAGAUGAGUGCAGGUGUGUGUUACCUGAACAACUGGUUGUUCUGGAAACUGCUGUUGUCAUGGAGCCAUGUAGCACGUUUGGUUCAUGAAUGUUGUCUGUAUACAGAAUCACUCUGAAUAUGCUAUAGGUUUGUCUCUGUAAAUAAGCCUGAAUUGUUUGUGCUUUUCUAUGACCUCUCCCUCCUUUUUUAAAACUGUUUUCUUUGAAAAGCUAAAACCUGUGUUAAUGUUUUAAAAGUUUACUGUUUUAAAAUGAACUCUCUCCAGUGUCUAUUGUAACUGUUGAAUAGCUAAAUACAAACUAAAGAGAAACU